AUGGGAAAAGUGAAUGUAACGUUUAAGGAACUGGUACAUAGGAUUCUUGACCGGAUCAAACACGAGCCGUAUUUUCGAUGGUCGAACAAGAUGGGAGGGAACCUAUCCAGGAAGAAUCAGAAUCUAUAUUACACUUAUCAUUGGGACAAAGGUCACACUAUCGAACAGUGCCGGGUGUUGAAGGAUCACCUCGGGCAAUUAAUUAAGGCCGGGCAUUUAAAGGAUGUCGUGCUGGACUCGGGGGAUAGAAUCACAGGGCAAGAUACUCGACAAAGGGGAAAACCUCUCCCACCCCUUGUAGGGGUGAUUGAAGUUAUCCAUGUUGCCCCGGAAAAGCUUAUUGCAGGAAGAAGGAAAGGAGUGUUGACAGUAGUACCAGUAGAGGGUAACCCGGACCUACAGUCGCCGGGUAAGAAGAUGAAGUUUGUAUGGGAGCCUAUCUCAUUUGACGAUGACGAUUUGGAGGGGACGAUCCAACCACAUGAUGACACAUUAGUGGUCAUGGCCUGGAUAAAUGGCUUCUUAGUAAAAAGGGUAAUGAUAGACUAA